CUUCGGUGGCUUCUGCCAAUAAGUACUGUCAGCUUGGAGGUAUAUAAACCUCCUUGAUGCUGCUGCUUCGCCUUACCCUUAUUUCAUCACGCCCGCUGUUUAACUAUCUUCAAGCAUUUUCUAUAAUGUCUUUUGCCAAGAACGCGUCUGAUCUGACCCCCUGAGAGACCAAAUCUCUUGAGGAAAGGACUGCCAGCACAGAGAACGGAAGGCUCUGGUAGCCAUCAAGGAGGUCCGUUCAAUGUGCACUGAAGACCCUAUUUUUGCGGUAUCGCAAGGGGUCCAAAAUCCAUUCGGGCUCAGUUCAUCAUCGGUCUCCCAAAGGUGUGCUGUCCGCUUCAUCUAUUCAAUUUUGCACCUUGCCGCUAACAACCCAUUUCUAGCUCUUCGAGAAGACGGAGACCCCAAAUUCCGCGUCCUCGAGAACCCUCCUCAGGUUCCCCAAGGUACUCUCUUGAUAAAUCAGAAUGUAGCGUACUACCGCGAUGCUUUCUCGUCCUCACCUACCAAGGUUCGUAAUUCACAAUCAUUGUAUUAUCAUUCUUUGCAGACAAUGAAUUCUCUCUUGACUUUCGAGCUCGGCAAUGAAGGAAGGCUGAAGCAUCAUACAGAAGGGUGGGAUCAUGAGAAGUCAUCCACCUCAGGAUGAUCGACGAGUACAGGAAGAAGUUCUUUGCGUCCGUAACCAACGCGGUAAAUCUGUCGUACAUACUGUAGCAUAUGUUGUUGCCGCCGCCGCGUAGUCUCCGGCAAAAGUUACUAGUACAAAAAUUGUCCGCGUAACUUAUUGAACUUUAAAUGCGUCAUGCCGGUUUCUUAUCA